GUUAUCCUGCUGCUGCUACUGUUCUUCAUGAGGAAGCCGUGGCGCUGACCAUCACCCUGUUCACGUGGCAGGCAAAGGUGUUCACUCACCUGCCCCUGCUGGCCCUGCAGCCCUUCUGGACCUUCCUCAGCCUCAUGCUCUUCUGGGUGUCCUGGCUCGGUGUGCUCCUCUUCCUCGGAACCACAGGUAGCCCUGUGCAGAGUGAGGAGACAGGGUUGGUGGAGUAUCAAAUGUCAGGUCCACUCCAGUACAUGGUGUGGUACCACGCUGUGGGCCUCAUCUGGAUCAGUCAGUUCAUCCUGGCCUGCCAGCAGAUGACCGUGGCUGGAGCUGUGGUCACCUACUACUUCACCAGGAAUAAAUCUCAACUGCCCAUGACCCCCAUCGUGUCGUCUAUGCUGCGUCUUGCCCGCUACCACCUGGGCACCGUGGCCAAAGGCUCCUUCAUCAUCACCCUGGUGGAGAUCCCUCGCCUCAUCCUCACCUACAUCCACAACCAGCUGAAAGGAAAAGUACGUCCUUAAUCUCAUUCAGCUAUAUCACUUACAUUCACAAUCAGUUCAAAGGCAGAGUAUGUAGGGUGUUCACGCACUGCUCUAGAAUGUUGAGAGAAACGGGGCAAUUCAAGAGGGCGCUACAAAAUGUAUGUCAAAACUUAGUUUUCUUUG